UGGAGACACCAGCUUUGUUAAAGUGGCUGCCAGGAUUCUAACAGGAAGGAAACAGUUUCUACAGUCUUAUCAAAGCAUAAACAUGAAGAACUUUCAUCACUGCUCAGAGUGUGGGAGGAAUUUUACUACGCAGAGUAAUCUCAAACAACACCAGCGCAUUCACACAGGAGAGAAGUCAUAUCACUGCUCAGAGUGUGGAAAGAGUUUUUCUCGUCAGAGUACGCUUCAACGACACCAGCGUGUUCACACAGGAGAGAAACAGUAUCACUGCUCAAAGUGUGGGAAGAGUUUUUCUCGUCAGAGUACGCUUCAACAACACCAGCACAUUCACACAGGAGAGAAGCCAUAUCACUGCUCAGAGUGUGGGAAGAGUUUUACUACACAGAGUCAUCUCAAACGACACCAGCGUGUUCACACAGGAGAGAAGCCAUAUCACUGCUCAGAGUGUGGAAACGGUUUUUCUCAUCCGAGUACGCUUCAACGACACCAGCGUGUUCACACAGGAGAGAAACAGUAUCACUGCUCAAAGUGUGAGAAGAGUUUUACUUACAGUUAUGCUCUUAAAGUACACCAGCGUGUUCACACAGGAGAGAAACCGUAUAACUGCACUGAGUGUGGAAAGAGUUUUACUCAAAGUAGUGCCCUUAAAGUACACCAGCGUAUUCACACAGGAGAGAAGCCGUAUCACUGCUCAGAGUGUGGAAACAGCUUUGCUGAACAUGGCACCUUUCAAAAACACCAGCGUAUUCACACAGGAGAGAAACCGUAUUACUGCUCAGUGUGUGGAAAGAUUUUUGCUCAUGAAAAUAACCUCAAACGGCAUCAGCGUAUUCACAUAGAAAAACUACAUCACUGUUGAGAGUGUGGGAAGUAUUUUAUUGCAUAUUAUGUUCUCCAACUACACCAGCACAUUCACACAGUGGAGAAGUAAUAUCACCGUUCACUGUCUGAAAAGAACUUUAGUGAAAGGAAUAUUCUUUAAGUACACCACACCAGCGCAUUCACAUAAGAGGAUGAUCCAUACUGCUGCUUAUAGUGCAGAUUAAGUUUUACUGGAAGCAGCAUUUUUAAUAGUUUUUGUGACUAGAGUCGUCUUGAAAAACACCAGUGCAUUCAGAGGAGAUAAUAAAAUGAUACUCCACUACUGCAUGUACAGAAAAAGCUAUGUGUACUUUCUUUUUCUACUAAUA